GGUAGGUAGGUAGGUACCUAGGUAAGGUAAUUACGGUACAGGCCCCAAACUUUAUUGUCUGUCGCCUCAAAUUCCACCAGACUCGACGGCUUUCCUUUUCCACGGCCUUUUCCACAACCUUUUCCAUCACUACCUGGCUAGCCCAUCUCUUCAGAACUACGAUCUCGCCCUCUUGGCCAUCAUCGAACCAUGGGAUCUGGCCGCAACAACCGGCGCUCCAAGGGCAAGGGCAAGGAGAUUGUGGAUGAUCCACCGGCAUCCGAGAACCCAGAAUCGCCAUCGACCCCGAAGAAGGAGAAGGGCAAGGGGCCAAAGGACGACCCAUCUGCCGCAAAGAUCACCACCACGCUUGCCACGCCGGACAAGGUUCCCGGGAUGAUUAAUAUAAACGACACAUCUCCAAUCUCCCUCCCCAGUGCUCGGUCGUGCCUCAGCGCAGAAGCAUGUGCAGCCCUCGACGUCGAAGAAGAGGGCCACAGCGCAGCGAAACGGAGAUGGUCUGACGUGUCCAAGUCGAGCAAACAGGCCGUCGAGGAUGCCAAGCGAUCGCGGACAUACGGCCAUGAGACGACGCCGCGGUUUAAAUCAUACGUCCGAGACCUCCAUGAGAACCUAAUGGAGGAAACCUUGGUUCUUCAUCAAGACCGGCUUACCAGGCUCGAGAAGAGCCGAACAAUCCUGCAGGCUGAAUACCACGCGGGAGACACAGGACUUACUUCCAGCGAGUUCAACAACCUUGUACGAGACCAAGAGGUGGAAAUUGGUAACCAGCGCGCCAAGGUCAUCUCGCUGCACAAUUCCCGGCUGCUCCUCACUGCGGAGAUGCGGCAGGAUCUUGCCCUGCAAAAGGCCGUUGACCCAUUUGAGUGGGAUUAUAUCGACGGGCUACUCAACCGGUUCAAAGCACCACCAAGAUCAACGGUCGUCCUCAAGGUCUCGCGGGAAGACUCUGACCAGGGCAGGUUCCGAGCCGAGGUGCUCAGGUUGUACGACGGCGUGCAGCUCAGAAAGAUCGUGCCCAAGAAGACGGAAAAAUACACCUGGUGCGCCAUUACCGCCGAUUUCCACCCCCCCGGCUCCGUCUGCGUUGCCCAUCUCGUUAGGCACAGCAUAGGUGACGUCGUCGCAGAGCGGUUCUUUGGCAAACCCACCCACCCCCGAGGGCACCUCUGGAACCCGGCCAACGGGAUACCCAUGCUCAAGGUAUACGAGGAGCUGCUGGACCAGGCUGAGAUUGCCUUUGUUCCCGGAGACACCCCUGGAUCAUGGAAGGUCCACUAUCUAGCAAAUGAGGACGCAGACAGGGGCCAAGGCGAAGAGAAUACCCUCCAUGGGCGAGAAUUGACCUUUCGCACCGACUUCCGCCCCGCAGCCCGAUAUCUCUAUUUCCGCUUUGCCACAAAUAUCCUCCUUCGCCAGCGUCACGAGGUCCCCGGCUGGUGGAACGACCGGUUCGAGUUUGGCCGCAAGGAGAUGUGGGCGUCCCCUGGCGAUUACCUACGGACGUCUAUGAUGAACCUCCUGGCCCGGAACAUAGCUCAGGUCCCGCACGGCGAGGCCGACAAGGCAUUCCCGCCCGACAAAUGCGCCGACGCUGACGCCGAUACCGACGCCGACAACGCCGAGCUCGAACAACACCUCUCGGAGCAUACGGCUGAGCAGCUGCUUAGCCCGGUGAUCGCGGCGCUACACAUGGCAACGCAGGGCGAUGAUGAGGGUGACGACGAAGGGAUGGACGAGACCCCGAGCCGGUCUACGAAUGUGUUUGGGAUUGUCGAGCCGGAAGAUGACGGGGUUGGUGGGGACGAUGGGCAGUGAGGGAACAGCGGAGAAGAUGACGAUGAGGAAAGCAUUUAUGAAGUUACGAGGGAUGCCCCAUCAAGUCGGGUUACCAUUUUUGGUGCAAAGAAGCACGGUUAGGAGGGUGGAACAGUCUACAAUUAUUGCCCUAGUCACUGUACUGUAUUGCUAUAGAGCUCCACUCGGUGUACGGCCGUUUUUCACUCCGUGUACGGCCAUAUGGCCCGUGCGAGGAAUUGAGC